AUGCUUCCGCUACUCAUCUUAGCCUGCUUCAGCGCUUUCGUCUUUGAACCCGCCGCUGGCGGCUUACGCAUUAUUGGCGGUCAGUAUGCAUUGUCCGGUCAGUUUCCUCACCAGGUUUCGCUACAGCUACGCGGUCGUCAUCAUUGCGGUGGUUCGCUCAUAUCGCCAAGCUGGAUUAUCACGGCGGCGCAUUGCACCUACGGACAGAAUCCCUCACAAAUCCGCGCUGUUGUCGGCACCACGGAUCUGCUUGCCGGCGAUGGCAAAUCAUUCAACAUUGCCAAUAUUAUCAUUCAUCCACAAUAUAAUCCAAAAACGCAGGAUUACGAUUUGUCACUCAUCCAGUUGACCGAGUCAGUGCCGUUAGAUGAUAAUAUUGGCACAAUAGCAUUGGCUGAUAUGGAGGCAAAUCACGCAGCCGACACAGUGGCAACCAUCAGCGGAUUUGGCGCGAUUAAUGGCAAUCUCGAGAUGCCCACUCGGUUGAAGUAUGCUGAAGUACAGUUGUGGAGUCGGGACUUCUGCAACCCGCAGAAUAUUCCUGGCAUUACAGAUCGCAUGGUUUGUGCCGGCCAUCCUAGUGGACAGGUGGGCGCCUGCCAAGGCGACUCUGGCGGUCCGCUUACCGUUGAAAAUAAGCUCUUUGGCGUGGUUUCGUGGGGUUUCGGUUGUGGUGCGCGUGGCAAACCGGCCAUGUAUACCUAUAUCGGGGCGUUGCGCUCGUGGAUUAAACAGAACUCUGGCGUUUGA